GUCAUUAACGUGAGAGAAGCGUAGUAUGCCGCGCAGGCGGAGCUGAAUUUGCGACUUCCGGAAGCGCGCCGAAUGUGGGUGUUCCUGUAGAAGGCAGGCCGCGGAAUUCCGUUGCGGAGAAUUAUUUACAGAGUGGGAGCUCGGGUUUGGUGAAUGUGUAAAUCAAACUCUAUUGGAUUGCACACAUUGUACAGGGGGUGGUUAAAUGCUCAGGGCCAGAGAUUUAAGGCUUUGCUAGAAGUUAAGCUUGAUGUUUGUUUUUAUUGCGUUGGUUAACUGAGUUUUAUGGUGUGCCGCUAGAUCCUAUUUAUUUGGCUAGUGUGUUUUCUUUUUUUGGGCCUGUGGUUUAUUAUGACCUUUAUUAAUAAAUGUAAUGCAGGUGUGAAUCAACCCUACGUGGUGAGUUUAUGUGAGCAGUAGGUAACAUAACUUCAUAUUACAUUUGUUUUGGACUUAACAUGUGCUCUUUUGGCACGUUAACAUAUUUAUAACUUGCAUCGCAUGUAGCUUUUCUGCAGGAUAAUAAUAGUGUAAAGUGAUUUCACUAAAGCACAGAUGUUUUUUUACACAUUGUAAAUGGCAAGGGUUUAGCUUGAUGUUUUCUCUUGGGUUGUUUUAAACUUUUGUUGUCCUUGCAUGUCUAGUUAUAUGCUUAUUUGGUAUUAAGAAACAUUUUCAGAGGUAGUUUGUGUUUGUAAAGUAGUAUAAAAAGUAAAAAUAUUUGGGCCUAGAAAGUGAUUUUUUUUCUAUCAUUUUUCUAUGUAAACAUACCUCUAAUGAGUAUGUUGCACUCUAGAAAAAUUAAGCUAGUUCAACCUAACCGGUCUGAAUCCAGCUCAUUUGCUAAGAUCUGUGAUGAGGCUGAUACUGAAAAAAGUAGUUCAGUUCUUAUCAGUCCAGCUCUCUCUCUACAGUAUUCCUCAAAAGCCAUUGAUCAGGAUAGGAGUGUAAAGAAUCUGUCAGGUAGAAACCCAAAGGCCAUAAGUGGUGUGAAUGAGCCUUGUGCAAUCCAGCAAUGUGGAAAUAUAGCGGUGUCUACAGAAUCUGACUUUAUUAGAAUGAAUGACACAAGGAAGGCAAGACUAGCACUUUCAGAUCCAGUUCUUGCUUCUAAUGACUCUGGAGAAAGUAUUAAUGUUUCAAACUUGCCGUCUUGUCAAGUUAAAAGAAGAACCAGAAGGAAGGCAACUGAUCUGCGCGGUGCGGAGUCAAUUGAAAAAGAAAAGUGUGGAAGUUUAGUAGUAAAUCAGGAAGCAGCAAUUGUGAAUACUGAUACUACUGUUCCACUAGAUAUUGAGAAUGUUUACAGUCCUACUCAUAUGCUAAAUCAACGGGGAUUGUUGAAAAAAAUAGGAAAGAGGCCAACAAUUAAGAAGGAAGAUGUGAGUAGUGUAGGAGAUAGACAAAGAUGUUUAAAACUAGCAGGAAAGCAAAGUGGAAAGAAACUGCAAUCUGAGCAAAGUGUUGUGUGUGGCAAGGGAAAGACUCAGGAAUGUGUACAAAUAAUAGGGAAAAAAAGAGGAAGGAGGGCAAAAACUGAUCAGAGUAGUGAGUGUGGCAUAAGUGAGAUUCAGCAAAGAAAGAAAAGUAGAAAAAAGGUAAAAACUGAUAAGAGUGAUGUGUGUUGUUCAGGAGAGACAUUGAAAUAUGUUAAUAAAAUUAAAAGAGGGAGGAAACUAAAAACUGAUCAUAAAGUUGUAAGUAGCAAAGGAGAAACACAGGAAUGUGUAAAAUUAACAGACAUGAAUCAGAAACCAAAAACUGAAUGUUUUGCUGUGUGUGGCACAGAAGAGACUCAGGCUUGUGUAAAACCACUGGGAAAGAAAAAAGGCAGGAUACUAGGUAAUAGUGUUGGUAAAAAUAAAAUUAAUGCUGGGUGUUAUUCAGAAUUAGAUAAAAUGCGUACCGUAUAUGUUAGGGUACAGCGAUUGUCAUUGAAUAAAAUUCCCCAGAGUGCAGGAAUCUCCACAGAACAUCUGAGGAGUGUGCUGCUUCUGAAGUCUGAGUAUAGACAGGAAUGUGGGGAAGCAAGAACAGAAGAGAGGAAUGAUGCUACAGAUGUGACCUUCUUAAAAAAGAAUCUCAGGAGUCCUAGACAGCAGAAAUGCUGUGGAUUCCCUUGUGUUUCAGAGCAUAAGAGGAAAAAGGAGAGUGCACAGCAGAAAACUUUAUGUUCUACACACAACUGUUAUUUCACUGUUACAGAUCCAGCACACACGGUAAAUGGAAUAACGUGCAUGCAAAAUCCAUUGCUUGAAACAGCAAACAAUAGAAAAAGUAAAUGUUCAUAUGGUGGUUCCCAGUCUUUUCUAAAUCCUGUAGUGAAAUUGCAUAACUGCAGCAACAUGAAGAGGCUUAUACGUUGCUCAAAUCUGAGGGUAAGCAGUUCCAAAACUGAGAAUACAUGUCCUGCAGCAACAGUAAAAGAACUUGAUCCUCAAAAACAAUUACCUUGUUCUGUUAACACUGUAAAUUCAGUUAUCAGUACAGAUUCUACUGUUGGAGGUAAUCAUUCCAAAGAACUGGAAUCUAUUGCACAUGGCUUGGCAAAUAGGAAAAUUAAAAGAAUAUUAAAAGUAAAGUGGGACUUUGGAAAAAAAAUAAGGAAUUCUGCAACAUGCUCUACAGAGCGUACUCAAGAAGACUCUGCAAUAUCUGUCAAACAGAAAACAGGAGACCUAAAAUAUAGUGGUAAUCCUACUGUCAACACAGACUCAUCAGAUCCUUGCAUUGGUACUUUGGAAAAGAUUAUUGACGAGAUGAACAAUAAUAAAAGUGACUCUGUAAAUUUUAACUUGAAGGAUGCCCUUUGUGAUCAAAGCACAAGUCAAAACAAAAAGGAAAGUUAUGAUUGCCUUCCGGUACAAUGCAGGACUACACAAUUACCGUUUAUGGUUUCAGAGUGUGAAAGAAAGGAUAGGGAAUCCCUUGACAUAGAGUGUUCUGCACUUAUUAGAAUGUCUGCAAAUGAGUCAGUGGUCGAUGACUAUUCAGAUUUUUCACUUACUGAGGAAAAUGUUAACUUUGUAAAUAAUAACAAUAUAAAUGAGCAUACAGAAGAAUGCAAAACCUGUUCCUGUCAGAGAACAAUCCCAUUUACUGGGAAAACCAUCUGGAAAUGUUCUUGUGCAAGGACGUGUGUAUGGGCUUUCCCAAGAAAAAGAACUUCCUCUUUACCAAGUACAGAUAUACUGGGAUUUGACUCUGAAUUGUCUUUUGCCCCUUAUUCCACCAAUAUAAAGUCUUUAUUUCAGGCUAAUGAAGCAGAGCCAUUGCAGAGCACAACUGAUGACACUGACAGUGACGGGAUAUGUAAAAAACUAAAGUUAGAUUUCAUUUCAGAAAAUGACGCUCUUAUUCUUAAAGAUAUUGAUGAUGACAUUUUGUCUCACCCUCCAACAGAAACUUUUGAACUACCCAAUACUGUAAUUGAGAAGAUAUGUAAUAUAACUGAAAAUGUUUACUCACUAGGUGAAGUUGAAGACAUGUAUAAAAAUUUAGAUGGUUGGCCAUGCAGUUCAACUAUUAUUCAAAAUACUAUAAAUAGUCUUCCUCUCCCGCUGCCAAACAAUGACAAAAGUGAGCACUUUACCACUUCUGGCACUUAUUCUGAAAUAGAACCUACUGUAAAAACAGUUGAGGAGAUGGCCCUGAGCAGUUCUUUUGAAAACUCUGAUCCAAGUGUUUGUUCCAGAGACAGCUCCACAGAACCUGAAAACAGUUCAGAGACUGUGCUAAAAAGUACUCAAUAUGAAUCUCCAAUACAUGAUUGUUUAGACAAGCAUAAAAAAAACACUAAUGUUGAGGAAGUGUUAUCCUUUUUUGAUUGUUUACAUGAAACUACAAUGGAUAACGCCUGUCUAGCUGAGGAAAAUUGCACCAGACAGAUUAAUAAUACUGGUGGCCCAUUAGAUGAUUCACAUUUGACACUAAGCCAUGUAGAAUCUCCAAAGAAAAGCAAGCUUGUGGAAUACAAAAGUAAUUUAGAUGUGAUAAAAGCUUAUGAAGAAGAUGUACUGUUUUUAGAUGUUGUUCCAGAUGAUCCAGAGCUUUUUGGGACUCCUGAAGAUCCUUACAUAAGUCCAAUUUGUAAUGCUGACAACAAAGAAAAUAAUAAACGGAAUAAUCUGAGUGCAUUAAUGUGUAACCUUCAGGAACAGGAGAGCGCCCAUAUCAAUGAAAGCACAAAUGAUGCCAGCCCUGAGGAAAAUGUAGAAGAGAGAAGUACAUAUUUUGCAAAAGUAAUCACUGAUCUAGAAGUUAAUGAUGAUCCUCUCAUCAUACAUAACACUUUGGAAAAGAACAGUGAAGAUUUUUAUGAUGGUGGACAGUUUGAUUUUGAGGCGUUCAGAGAUCUUGACACAGAUAAAGAGAUUAAAUAUGCUGAAAAGAAUUCAUCUGAAAGCGGAAGCAGUUUUGAAGAGUCCUUGUCCAAGGAUACUUCUCCGGGGUCCUCUCAUUCCAAUAGCCGUCGUUGGAGAAGAGAUCCCUCACAUACCUAUAAGCCUAUGCAUUGGAUGAAUGAUUUCAGAUACUCUGGAAAAUGCAUGGGAUUGACGGAUGUGAUUACUUUGGAUCAGAAAGAACAGAGGAAUAUUGAUAAUCUCUUUUACGAUUUUACACCUAUACAGAAGACCUUUUUGCCCAUUAGAUACUGCAAAUAUUUUUUUAAUACUUUCCGUGGAUGCAUUAAACCAGAUUGUAUGUACCAGCACGUACCAUUCCAAAGGGAUGAAAAGGUGUGCAUGGAGGUGAUUCACAAACUUGUGAAUGAAAAUCACACAACAUUAUUAAAACGUGCUGUUUGGAUAUUUACUGCCUACUACAGAAUGUAUAUGCCUGGUGUUCAUUAUGACUCAAAUCUGCUGACCAAAAUGCUCCGUGCCUUGUAUGUUCGUCAGAUGUGGGGAGAUGUAUUUCAGUUGUUGGAAACUGGUGCCAAUGUCAAAAUAUUGCCCUCCUCUGAAAUGCUUAUCAGGUUAUUUGAAAAUAUUGGCUCUACGGGAUUAACAGCAGCUGUACCUAGUUUAGUGGAUGUAUUCUGCAAGCUUGUGGAGGCUGGAAUGAUGAUGAAGCCAGAGCAAAUCAACAUGUUAAUAACAACACUGAAUAAUCUCCAGGCAACAAAAAAUUAUAUCAGUGUCAUUUUAGACAUAAAAACAAGAAUUGAAAUGCAGCUUUCAGAAAAGAACUGGCUGUGUAACUUGGAUAUAGCAGUUGCAGAAGUUGGGCAUUGUAAAGAAAAAAAUGAUUGGAAGAAACUAGGAACAUUAUAUCUUAAUCUGCGUACAGGGUGUGAGAAUGUGACUGAUCUUAAGAAGUUUUCUAAUUGCAUUGUCGGGGCGCUUCAGAAAGUGCCAAGGAAUGAUAAAUCUGAAAUUCCAUAUUGUGACUUUGCAGACACAGUGUACAAAGACGCCCAACUAAGUGAAAUUGACAAAAACAUUUUGGGAAGGAUUGGAAUAUCCAUCAUGUAUCACUAUUACAGAAAUAAACAAUCGCAAAAGGGAAAGAGGGUGCUCAGAAAACUUCAGGAAAUGCAGAUUAAUUUCACAGUCCUAAAAGGACUCACAGGGGAAGAGAGUAAAGCUACGCGCUGUCAAGUUGUGAACACAGCUGUAGAGAUCUUCUUGAACUGUGAAUACUUAAAUGGUGCACUGGGGGUUCUACGAGAGUCAGAGUGGAUCAUUAACACACAAGUGUGGCCCUGUGAAAGAAUGGAUGUGCUGAAACGACAUAACCUGUUGUGUACAAUUGCACAGAAAACACUGAAUAAAAACAUGUUUGAUGUGUGUCUUGAGGUCCUUCAGAAUCUGCCAGGACUGCAGUGCUCAUUAACGGAUGUGGAUGUCUCUCAGUACAGCUUGCUUUUCAACAAACUUUUGUCAUCCUGCAUAGAAAAUAAUACACUUGGUGUAUCCUCAACUGUGAUAGAUUUUAUGAUUGCAAAAAAAAUACCACUUGACUUUUUCUUACUGAGAGCACUAAUCACAUCCUUGGGACGAAGCUGUCUAUGGCUCAGAGCAAGAGAACUUUAUAAAUGCGCUGUUUUGUUGGGUUGCUACCCGCCCAUGGAAGGAAAUCUGUAUCGUAAAGUGCUCUUCAUCCCCUCAUUCCUUUCUGAGAUAGAAAUGCUGUUAUCCAUUGAAAUUUUCAUGGUGUCAAAUGCCAGUAGUAUUCAGUCACCAGGAGGCAGCCAUCAGACUCUGCAAAUCAUUCUCAAAAGAUGUGAAGAAGAGAGAGUUCCGAAUAAAGAUUAUCAAAGAGGUAAAGCUAGCUAUCAAGAUGCAGUGGACCGGCUGAUUCAGGCCUCUAGGCUAUCAACACCAAGAUUAUUCAUAAAGCACCUGACUGUCAAUAAUGCCAAUGAACAGGUUUAUAUCCUUGAUUACGGCAGCUCUCUCAAAUGGUUGCAUGAAAACAUGAAAUGGGCUGGGAAAGUAUGGCUUUUUCAGGGGAAAAUAUAACUUGAUAUCAGGAGGUUUAACUAAGCAAGUAAUGAAAAUUUUAAAUUAAAGUGUCUGUUUAAUUUGUUUUAUUAAUGUGUAUUUUCCACUUUUAUUGUCCUUAUCUGUUGACAAAAUGGUUUAAGACUGUACACAAAAUAAAAUAUAUAGUAUAAGGAAAA